AUGGCGCUCUCGACGACCCUGCUCUACUAUUUCCCGGCGGCUACAAUCUGCUUCGCCCUGGCCAAAUGCAUCUACAACGUCUUCUUCCACCCUCUACGCCACUACCCUGGCCCUCUGCUCGCGCGCGCCACGCGCCUGUACCACAUCUGGUACGACCUGUCUGGCAUCCAGCAUCUCAAGCAGAAAGAAUGGCACGACACAUACGGCCCAGUCGUGCGCGUCGCACCAGAUGAGCUGUCCUACAAUACCGCGCAGGCGUGGAUUGACAUUUGCGGCCACCGCACGCAAGAUCGCCCCGCCAGCUUCGAAAAAGACAACGGUUUUUUCGCAACCGAGUCCGACAAAGCUACACACAUUGUCAUCGCGAAUGACGCGGACCAUCGCCGUUUUCGCAGACUGCAGGCGCAUGCGUUUUCGCAAAAGGCGCUGUUGGCGCAGCAGGAUGUGUUGGGGUUGCAUUUGGAUGAGUUUAUUCGGCAAUUACGAGAUAGGGCAGCCCCUUCUUCCAGUGACUCGAAAGGAGAAGAAGAAGGGGUUAUAGAUCUUGUCCAGUGGCUCAAUUUUCUCACCUUUGAUACUAUUGGCGACCUCGCCUUUGGCACCCCAGUGGGCUGUCUGCGCCAGGGUCAGCGCAGUCGGUAUAUCGAUGUCAUCUUCAGCCUGGUCAAGAUCUCAAACUACUUCCGCGCAGCGCGCAGAUUCCCAUCGCCACUGAGGCAAAUGAUCAUGGCGGCCGUGGUGCCGUGGGGGUUGAUAGACGAUUAUCACUUUCAGAUCAAGUUCAGCGAGGAGAAAGUCGAAGAGAGGAUGAAGCGCGAGACGGAUAGGGCUGAUUUAUUAUCGUAUAUCCUCAAAGAAAACACCGAGAAUGGCAUGACUGAGGGCGAAAUCAAAGCCGCGGCGCGCAUCUUCAUCAUCGCCGGUAGUGAAACCACCGCGACGCUGCUCUCUGGCGCUUUUUUCCACCUGCUUACAUUCCCUGAAUACCUCGAAAGACUAACACGCGAAAUACGCAGCGCUUUCCGCGCAGAAUCAGACAUUGACAUCCAAUCUACCGGAUCCCUGCCUUUCCUGCAAGCUGUCGUCCAAGAAUCGCUACGUCUGUAUCCUCCCACGCCCAACACAUUCCCUCGCACAACGCCAGAGCCCGGGCAGGUUAUUUGUGGCCGAUUCGUGUCCGCAGGCACGGCUGUAGGUGUUCAUCAAUGGUCUGCGCACCGCUGCAAGAGCAAUUUCUUCAUGCCUGAUGCAUUUGUGCCAGAGCGAUGGAUGAACACAGAUGAUGAGCGGUUUCGCGAGGAUGAGCGUGAUGCGUGCCAGCCCUUUUCGUAUGGACCGCGGAAUUGCAUUGGCCAGAAUCUGGCGAAUGCAGAGAUUCGGUUGACCAUGUGCCGGCUUCUGUGGAAUUUUGAUAUGGAAAUUCAGGAUAGCUGUCGCAGCUGGCUUCAGAGGCAAAAGACGUUUACACUGUGGGAAAAGGAGCCUUUGUAUCUUCGACUGGUCAAAGUGGACCGAUAG